AAGCUCUCCGUUUCCCUCCCCCUAAAAUCGACGACAAGAAGAGGGCUCCAGCCAGAUGCCGCCGACGCCAUGACCGCCGCCGCCGCAUGGCCGGUCUGCACCAUCUGCUACGAGGACCUCCGCCCGCUCUCCGACCAGCACCUCCACUGCCUCCCCUCCUGCGGCCACGUCUUCCACGCCCUCUGCCUGGAGCAAUGGCUGGAGUACUGCCCCGGCGGCAAGAAGAAGCUCACCUGCCCCAUCUGCAAGCAGCCCUGCGGCGCCGCGCAUCCCCCGACCCGUCUCUUCUUCCAGUCCACCGGCGCGUGCCCGACCCAGGCCUUCCCCUCCUCGCAGGACACCUCCGAGGGCGCCGACCGGGAGGCGCUCGCCGCCGAGGUCGCCCAGCUGGAGCAGAAGGCGGCGUCCCUCGGUAGGAUGAUUGAGGAGCAGCGCGACGGCAUCAAGAAGCUCAACGCCGAGGCUGCCAGGUGGAGGGAGCAGGCGGGGACAGCGGUGGCGAUGCGGGAAACCGUGAGGAAGGAGAAAGAGUAUGUCCAGCUGCUGCUCAAUGCGAAAACAGAGGAGUUGUCGAGGAAGACGUCAGAGUGCAGUAGAUUGCAGGAGAGGAGCCUUGCGCUGGCGAAGGAGCUUGCUGCGCUGAAGCUGUCGACAGACAUGAACCUUCAGGAGGAAGAGAUCCUUAAAUUGGCGUCACUUGGUAACCAUGGAAACCUGGAGAAUGCAGUUGAUGUUUUAAGGAGAUCGCUUGCUAUGCGGAACAAGAGCUACAAAGAAUUGAUGAUCCAAUGUAAUGUUCUGGGAAGAUCAGAGUCUCGCAUGCUGCAGAAGCUUGAGAAGGCCAAAGAGCUUGUAAAAAAGUUAAAGACAAGGGUACAGGAACUUGAGAAGGAACUAGAAGAAAAAGAAAAUGGUUUUAUAAGGGACUUGAGGUCUUCAAAGAAAUUUAAAGCGGACCAGACAAAAUCAGGAAAUAUCACAGCUAAUAAUGGUUUCCCUAGUCCAAGUGCUGGAUGCGAAAAUCAAACAAUCAAGCUUGAUGAAGUGAUGCAUGAUCUGUGCAACGACAAAAAUCACUUGAACGGGUCAAAACCCGAAGCUAAGAGUGAUCUGAAUUCAAAAGGCAACCUGAACAACAAUAAUGCAGAUGUGAUAGACCUAGAUGCUGAUGAUUCUGUUUUUGGAGAUGAACGCAAGACAGAAUUUUCAGCCAAGCCGUUUGGGAAUUGCGAUAACACUUUGGAUUCCCAAAAUAAGUCUAGUCUUUGUCAAAAUGAUAACAAACAGCCCACGACAUUUGAAUGCAAGACUACGUAUGUCGCAAAAGAAACAUCCUUCGUUAAACACACAGAUGCAAUUGGUAAAUCAACCUUUCAGGAGAACCUUACGACCAAACUGCAUAUUCUUCAAGAGAGUCCUAUUAUGAGGAGCACGAAAGUGACAACUUCAACGUGGGAGAAAGAAACACUGACAAUUGAUGGCAUCUCCAAACAAGCAACUAGGUUGACUUCUGGCACUGGACCGCAGCAGAUUCACAACUUAAAUUCUCUUUCUGAUGAUUUCCAAACACCUGGAAUUCUUGGCGUGGAUGGAGCAAGAAAAAGCGUUGGCAAAUGGUGCAAGGGCUCGACAGCUCCUGGAUCUGCAGGUGCAAACGCAAACAGAGGCAAUUUGAUCGCUGUGGGGCCGGACGGGCGUGGAGGGAAGGUCAAAGUUCUGAAAGACCUUGGUCGAUUCCAUGAUAGCAAGUCUCAAGCACUGUGGCCAAAGGCACAGAAGAUUGGAGGCAAAGGCGGCCAAGCUCAGAUCGAUCAUUUCUUUGGCAAGAGAUGAUCCUACUGAAGAAUAUUCCUCUUAUGUUGUCAUCACGUGUGAAGAGUAUUAUCUGCACUUGUGCAGGUCCCGCUACAGCUGCCUGGAGAACUGAUUCCAAAUUUUGCUGGGCAUUGAGCCAGAGAUUAUGGAACCAGAACACAAUCUUUCCAUGCCAGAAAUCUGAAUCUAUACCGAUCUCAGGUGUACAAUGUCGGCAUGUACUGUGUAUUGUUAGAUUUGAAAAUGUAACAGUAUUUCAUGCUUCAGUUGAUCUACAUGUGGAUACAUAGAGCUUCACUUUGCCUCAGUCUCAACUUAGUCUGGUUUCAUCACAUAAAAACUGUAGUUCGU